UAGUUAUCCAGGGAGAUCUACAUUACUCUUAAGAGGAAGCAUGUCUAGCGUUCUUCUCUCGUAACUAAUACACAUCGUAUGAAUCAAAAUAGUAGGUCAUCGUUUCACUAUCUUACACAAGGAUAUUGACACCAGUCUGCUACAAUGGAAGUAUUGAUGCAUCACCUUUGGCAGAGAGUCUUGCCCCGCCUACCCAGAGUCAUGAGCACUCCCUGUAAAAGUGAUUUGAGCUGUGCUGCUGGACAUGCCCCCACUGACUCCAUCUCCCGACCUAGCACACACCUUCCCCCUAGCACACACCUUCCCCUAGUCUCUCGUCUCUUCCAGCCCUCCAACCUGCGUGAUGUGGGCCAGGAGAAGCGUGCUCAGGUGGAUAUGACCUGCAAGAGCCAGAGACUGAUGCAGCAGGCAGGUCUCAUUCACCCCUCCAACCCUGGCUGCUACUACUACCUCCCGGCCACUGUGCGCUCCAUGGAGAAGCUGGUGAGGCUGAUCGACCAGGAGAUGCAGGGGAUCGGUGGGCAGAAGCUGGACAUGCCCAGCUUGUGUUCGGCAGAGCUGUGGAGACGCAGUGAGCGCUGGGACCUGAUGGGGAAAGAGCUGUUCCGCCUGAGGGACCGCCACGGGGCGGAAUACUGCCUGGGCCCCACCCAUGAGGAGGCUGUGACAGAGCUACUGGCCUCUCAGGGAACCCUGUCCUACAGGCAGCUGCCUCUGCUACUCUACCAGAUUACCCGCAAGUUCCGUGAUGAGCCGAAGCCUCGGUUUGGGCUUCUACGCGGGCGGGAGUUCUACAUGAAGGACAUGUACACAUUUGACGUGAGCGAAGAAGCUGCAUACCACACAUAUGAAUCUGUGUGCCAGGCUUACACCCGCCUUUUCUCUCGGUUAGGCCUGUGCAUUGUCCAGGUCCACGCUGAUACAGGAAACAUUGGAGGUAAACUCUCCCAUGAGUUUCAGCUCCCCGCAGACAUCGGAGAGGACAGGCUACUGGUCUGUGGUAGCUGCUCCUUCUCUGCCAACGUGGAGACCAUGGAACCAGGCCGGACAGACUGCCCACAGUGCCAGGAGGGAACGCUAAUGGAGUCUAAGGGCAUAGAGGUAGGCCAUACGUUCUACCUAGGCACCAAGUACUCCCACAUAUUCAACGCCACCUUCAACAACACCCAGAACAAGCCUGCUGUCACUGAGAUGGGCUGCUUCGGGCUGGGUGUGACCCGGAUCCUCGCUGCUGCCAUCGAGGUGAUGUCCACGGAGGAGGCAAUCCGCUGGCCUGGGCUGCUUGCCCCCUAUCAGGUCUGUGUUCUGCCCCCUAAAAGGGGCAGUAAGGUGGAUGAGGUGGCUGGUUUAGCUGAGGAGCUGGCCCUCAGUCUGGGGGAGGCUCUGCCUAGGCUAAGAGGUGAGGUGGUUCUGGAUGACCGGACACAGAUGACCAUUGGUAAGAGGCUGAAGGACGCCAGUCGGCUUGGAUACCCGUACGUGGUGGUAGUGGGGCAGAAGGCUGCCGAGGAGACGCCCAGGUUUGAGGUGAUCUGUCAGCAGACUGGUGAGACAACGUUCCUCAGUAGGGAUGGACUUGUAGACCUCUUCAGAUGUGUGGAGACAGUCUGAGUUGCGCUGAUCUUGACAUGGGACUGGACUAAACCUUUUCCCCCUCAGGAGACCGAAAAGAUUUGGCAUGGGUCCCCUGAUCCUCAAAAGGUUCUACAUCUGCACCAUCGAGAGCAUCCUGACUGGUUGCAUCACCGCCCGGUAUGGCAACUGCUCGGCAUCUGACAGUAAGGCGCUACAGAGGGUAGUGCGAACGGCCCAGUACAUCACUGGGGCCAAGCUUCCUGCUAUCCAGGCGGUGUCAGAGGAAAGCACAUAAAAUUGUCAGACUCCAGUCACCCCAGUUAUAGACUGUUUUCUCUGCUACUGCAUGGCAAGUGGUACCGGCCGGAGCGCCAAGUCUUGGACCAAUAGCUUCUACCUCCAAGCCACAAGACUGCUGAACAAUUCAUUCUGUUUGUUUGUUGCCUAUGCAUAGUCACUUCGCCCCCACCUACAUGUACAGAUUACCUAGCCUGUAGCCCUGCACACUGACUCGGUACCGGUGCCCACUGUAUAUAGCCUCGUUAUUGUGUUCAUUUCUUUUAUUACUUUUAAUUUUAGCCUACUUGGUAAAUAUUUUCUUAUUGAACUGCACUAUUGGUUACGGGCUUGUAAGUAUUUCACAGUAAAGUCUACACUUGUUGUAUUCGGCGCAUGUAGCUAGGAAAGUUUGAUUUGACUAAACUAUUGAACAUGGAAAUCUAUUGGUCCUCUGAAAUGGGCAUGCUUGUGGUUGGGUGGGAUGAUAAGUAGCAAAGAGGCUAGUGUUUAACAGGCCUAUACCUACUAGCACUAAUCUUUGUCUGAUACGAACUGAGCUGGACUGAAAUGCAUUAUUACACUGAGAUGGACAUGCAGGUGGUUGGGUAGGUUGGAAUAGGAGACAAUAAAUAUAUGGUUCAGUAGCCAUACAUGUUUGAUGUCUGUCGUGAAAAUCAAUGAACACAUUUGUAAUUCUUAUUGCCUUGAAUCAAUGUUUCAACUGGACUCACAGAAAAAUAUAGUGCAAAUUAUGGAUCUCUCCACUUGAGUCAGAUACACACAUUGCUACGGAACA